AUUGGGCGCAAUGGGAGAAGAGAAAAGAGAAGUAGUAUUUAGAGACAUUAGAAGAUAUUACUGUGAAUUUUGUGGCCUUUGCCGUUCGAAGAAAUCCCUAAUUUCCUCUCAUAUUCAGUCUCAUCAUCAAGAUGAAAUCGAGAGCAGGAAAGAUGAAGCAACUGAAAAUGCGAAGGGCUCAAGAAUGAAUAUUUGUGAGGAAUGUGGUGUGAGUUUUCAGAAGCCUGCUCAUUUGAAGCAGCAUAUGCAAAGUCAUUCACUCGAGAGACCAUUCGUAUGUCAUAUAGAUGACUGCCAGUCUAGCUACCGUAGAAAGGAUCACUUGUCGAGACAUCUCUUGCUGCACCAAGGGAAGUUGUUUAAGUGUCCUGUUGAUGGCUGCAAAAGCACAUUCAGUUUUCAAGGCAACAUGACUCGGCAUGCCAAAGAGAUGCAUGACCAAUCUGCCUCCGCAGAGGUUGAUCUUCCAGAGGAAUAUGUCUGCUCUGAAGCUGGAUGUGGAAAGGUGUUUAAAUAUGCAUCCAAAUUAAAGAAACAUGAAGAUUCUCAUGUUAAGCUGGAGACUGUCGAGGCUAUGUGUUUAGAGCCAGGGUGUAUGAAACACUUCACAAAUGAGAAAUGCCUCAAGGAACACAUAGAGAGUUGCCACCAACACAUUGUGUGUGAAAUAUGUGGGACCAAGCAAUUGAAGAAGAAUAUUAAGCGGCAUCUUCGCACACAUGAAGAAGGGCCUAUAUCAGAGAGAAUAAAAUGUAAAUUCCAGGAUUGCCCGCACACUUUCUCCACAAGGUCAAAUCUUGCUCAACACAUCAAAGCCGUGCAUGUGGGAGCUAAACCAUUCUCAUGUAGUAUAUCUGGUUGUGGUAUGAAAUUUGCCUUCAAGCAUGUGAGAGAUAAACAUGAACAAUCAGGCUGCCAUGUUUAUACUCCUGGAGAUUUUGAAGAGACUGAUGAGCAAUUCCUAUCUAGACCAAGAGGUGGUAGGAAGAGAGAGCCUACUCUUUUUGAGUCAAUUAUGCGGAAAAGAAUUACACCACCCAGUGGUACAGAUCCUGUGUUCAAUCAGACACCAGAAUAUUUCUCAUGGUUACGCUCCAUGGAAUCGGAUAAUCAAAUGUGAGUCGUCUAUUUGGCCAGAUGUUGUUGAGUUGAAAUCUCAUAGUUCCUUUCAGUAGAAUCAGGGUUAGACUCUUGAGUGUCUCCUGGGCAGCUUCUUG